AUGGUCACUGUAAAUGGUCGACCCUUAACCAUUUUUAAUGAUUCUGGUUUCAAAAAAAUCUUAAAACCUUUAGUUGAAGCCAUCGGUGGUGAUUUCACAAUUAACUCACACAACAUAAAGAAGCACAUUUUUUCUGCCUCCAACACAAUAAUUAGUGAGAUUAAUGAUGAUUCAAUAUCCAAUACAUUAAAAAUGGUUUAUGUUUAUUUGGCCACUUUAGCUACGCGAGAACUUAAUGAACAACAUACUUCUGAAAAUCUAAAAAUAUUGCUUCUUGAUGUAUUAAAAGCGUAUAAUAUUAGAAAAGAACAAAUUUACACAAUUACAUGUGACAACGCAUCAAACAUGGUAAAGUUGGCGAGAAUUAUGAACGAAGAAUGUGAAGUGGUACCUAAUGAUGAAGAAAUUAGUAAUGUUACAAAUCCUGAUGGAAAUAAUGAUGAUAGUGAUUUUGACUUAGAAUAUGAAAAUCAAGAUGGUACACUUUUGUCUAUGGAUGAUAUAGAGAGUGAACUUUUCAAUGAUCAAUUUGUGAAUAAUGAGAGUACAAAUAAAGAAGUUAAAGACUUUCAAGAAUCUGUGAUUGAACCAAAAUCAAUUACAUCUUGUAUUCGGUGUUCUGUGUAUUCCUUGCAAUUAUGUGUUCUGGUUGGCUUGAAAAAUGCACCGAUAACUAACUGUAUAACUGAAGCUAGAAAGAUUGUAAAAAAACUCAGAACACCCAAAUAUGCUACUUGA